UCAUAGUGGGAGGAUUGAAUUGUAUCACGAUUGAAUCUCUAAUAUUAUACAAACAAUUAGCGGAAUAUACCGAUUGCCAUUCGGAAUAUGUCGACUUCUUAAGUUGCUUCCCCCUCUAUUAUAAAUACUCUUCCAUGCUCUUUCACUUGCCUCCCAUCCUCUUCCUUACCCUCUUUUUCUCACUUCUUCAAGAAACAGACGGAAAAAACACCGAGUAAGAGAUAGCAUAGAUAAAAGAAGGUUGUGAGUGAGCUAGGUAGCUAUGGCGGGAGAACAAUUGCAGGUGCUUAAUGCUCUUGAUGUAGCCAAAACACAAUGGUAUCAUUUCACAGCUAUCAUCAUUGCUGGGAUGGGUUUCUUCACUGAUGCAUAUGAUCUCUUCUGCAUAUCUCUUGUCACCAAAUUGCUUGGCCGCAUAUACUAUCAUGUUGAUGGUAUGGAGAAGCCUGGAAGUUUGCCUCCCAAUGUAUCGGCUGCAGUUAAUGGUGUAGCGUUCUGCGGAACACUAGCAGGCCAGCUCUUCUUUGGUUGGCUUGGUGAUAAGCUAGGCCGAAAGAAGGUGUAUGGUAUGACUCUAAUGCUCAUGGUCAUAUGCUCUGUUGCAUCAGGUCUCUCUUUUGGUCAUACCCCUAAAUCUGUCAUGGCAACCCUUUGCUUCUUCCGGUUUUGGCUUGGUUUUGGCAUUGGUGGCGACUAUCCACUGUCUGCCACCAUCAUGUCUGAAUAUGCUAACAAGAAGACUCGCGGGGCUUUCAUUGCGGCAGUGUUUGCAAUGCAAGGUUUUGGAAUUUUAGCAGGUGGUAUUUUUGCAAUUAUAUUAUCCUCUUCAUUCAACGCCAUGUUUGAAGCUCCAUCGUAUGAGGUUGAUGCGCUUCGCUCCACGGUUCCGCAAGCAGACUAUGUUUGGCGUAUUAUUUUGAUGGUUGGAGCACUCCCGGCUGCUCUUACCUACUAUUGGAGGAUGAAGAUGCCUGAAACUGCUCGUUACACUGCACUUGUUGCUAAGAAUGCAAAGCGGGCCGCAUCUGAUAUGUCAAAGGUCCUACAGAUGGACAUUGAGGCUGAGCCACAAAAGAUUGAGCAAAUAAAAGAGCAGAAAUCUGGAUUCGGUUUGUUUACUAAGGAGUUUGCUAAACGUCAUGGUCUUCACUUGCUUGGAACAACAAGCACUUGGUUCUUGCUUGACAUUGCAUUCUACAGCCAGAAUUUGUUCCAAAAGGAUAUCUUUAGUGCUAUUGGCUGGAUUCCUUCUGCAAAGUCCAUGAAUGCCAUUGAUGAAGUUUACAGAAUUGCAAGGGCACAAACACUGAUUGCUCUUUGCAGCACUGUACCAGGCUACUGGUUCACAGUGGCUUUCAUUGAUAAGAUGGGAAGAUUUGCCAUCCAAUUAAUGGGAUUUUUCUUCAUGACUGUGUUUAUGUUUGCACUGGCUAUCCCGUAUGACCACUGGACCCACAAGGACAAUCGAAUCGGCUUUGUUAUUAUGUACUCAUUGACUUUCUUCUUUGCGAAUUUCGGACCUAAUGCCACCACAUUCGUCGUACCAGCCGAGAUUUUCCCAGCAAGGUUGAGGUCCACCUGCCACGGUAUCUCAGCAGCCUCGGGAAAGCUUGGUGCUAUUGUUGGCGCAUUCGGGUUCUUGUAUUUAGCUCAGAACCAGGAUAAAGCCAAGGCAGAUGCAGGGUACCCUGCAGGCAUUGGGGUGAAGAAUUCACUUAUUGUAUUAGGUGUAGUCAAUGCCUUGGGCUUCCUCUUCACUUUCUUGGUGCCAGAAUCAAAAGGAAAAUCUUUAGAAGAAAUGUCAGGCGAGAACGAAGAUAACGAACCACAAGGAGAGGCAGAGCCGCCAUCAUCUAGUGGCCGCAGGACAGCUCCAGUUGCUUAAGGCAUGGACUAAUGAACCAGUUCUUGAACACCGUUGUAAAGCCCUGAAUAUGCUGCUAUAUAGUAGAGUUUUAGAUGUCAAGUUUCAGUUCACUGUUUUUUUUUUUUUCCCAACUUAAAAAGUUUUUCAGUUUCAGUACCUUAAAUUUGAGAGUUAUAAUAGAAAAAGUCCUAUGGUUUGCAUUUAUCAACA